AUGGUCGAUUUUCUCAAGGCCCAAGGCUAUCCGAAGAGCCGCACAGUGAGCCGCUUUGACCGGGUGUCGGGUACGAUGAGCAACAUCGUGCUCGAGGAUCGAAUUUGCGGCAGCGUGGUGUUCGGUGAAGGUGGGACAAAGGUCUCGAUUCGUCCGAACGCAACCUCAACGCUUGGAAUCGCCUACGGCUUGGACACCUUCCGCGCAGUCUCUCUGAGACCACGAGCAUCGUCGAUGCAGGGCUACUUUCUGAGCGGUUUUUUGGGGACACAAGCAGUGGUGAACGAUUUUUUGAGGGCCGAUCAUGCUGCGCGAUCUGGAAGUGGAGGAUCUGGAACAGCACUGGCAUCGAAUAGCUCUUCCGCGACACCUCGUUUCGUCUCCCAGAAUGUGUCUAUCGCCUCCUUCGGCGUUCCUAAACACCAGGAUAACGCUGUUUUGACCUUCUCCGGUAGCAGACUUUGGAACCAAAUUUGGUUUGCCUUUUGUUUCCCUGUUUUGCCUGUCGCUGGUAAGAUUCUACGGGAAAAAGAGUCUAAAAUCAGGGAUGGCAUGCGCAUGAUGGGUUUGCGUGAUGCUGCGUUUUACUUGGAAGAUCUAGUCUUCAAUGCCUUGAUUGCGAUUCCUGUUGCGUUGUCGGCUUCCGGGACACUCUGCAUUCUGCCGGACAUGGUGUUGUACAGCAGUCCAUUCUUGAUCUUUCUGCUGUUCUUCUUCACUUUGUGGCACACGUUGCAGUUUGCGGUAUUCCUCACGUCGUUUUUCAGCAGCAGCUUAUUUGGGAAGAUCGUGUGUUUUGGCGCCGUCUUUAUGAGCUUGCUGUUUCUGGAGUUGACCGACGGUGGGUGGGAAACGACGCAAAUUUCGUUUUUGGGUCUGUUUUUGCCUGGUUGUGCGUUCAAAUAUUCGAUGGCCGCAUGGUUGGAGCUGGAAUUGAUGACCGAUGGUCUGACCACGAAAACGAUUCACUGGCGUGAAGACCGAUUUUCAGUUUUGGACGCGAUUGUGAUCCAUGUUGUGGGGUUGUUCAUGUACACGUUCUUGUUUGCUUAUUUCGACCAAGUUGUGCCCACUGAAUUCGGCGUACCGCAACCUUGGUAUUUCCCUCUCACAAAGGCGUUCUGGCAAGACCAAGUGUUGGGAUGGAAUGCGAACGAGAACGAGGACAAAGAGAGUUCAAAAGGGGAUGCCAAUGAUCUUGUGCUGGAAGGAGGUGGUCGUGAAGAUGAAAACGACUCUGCAGGAGCUCAGAAUGGAGUCGCUUUUGAGAAGCGCACUGAGCAACAUCGUGAUGCUGAGCGAAGGCAUGAAUGCGUCAAGGUUUUUCAUUUGCGCAAAGAAUUCUUCGUCGACAAUUCGAAGAUUGUUGCAGUGGACGACUUUUCUACGACCAUGUACAAAAACGAGAUCUACGUUCUACUCGGACACAACGGUGCUGGGAAAACGACUACGUUUUCGAUGUUGACGGGCUUGAUUCCGACGACGGCUGGAACCAGUAAUUUUUUCGGCGCGAAGCAUCAGAACUUCUUCACCCAUAGCAGGGACAAAGUCGGAAUUUGUCCACAAUUUUCGGUGCUGUGGCCACAACUGACAGCUUUAGAGCAUCUAGUCCUCUUUGCGAUGUUUAAAGGUGUGUCAAGAGCAGAGGCCCAGCGUGACGCGAAGGAGCUGUUGCGAGAACAAGGCAUGGAAUUCAAGAAAGACGCUUUAGCGAGGACGUUGUCAGGCGGAAUGCGAAGGAAAUUGUCAUUGGCUAUCGCUUUUACUGGCAAUCCAUCAGUUGUUUUCCUUGAUGAGCCAAGUUCUGGACUCGAUACCAGCGCUCGUGCCGAAAUGUGGAAUCUGCUGCGUACUCGCAAGGACGGUCGCGUCAUCGUGCUCACAACGCACUACAUGGACGAAGCCGAUGCCUUAGGAGAUCGCAUCGCUAUCAUGUCUCAAGGUCGCAUCAAAUGCUGUGGGAGUCCGAACUUCCUCAAAAACGUCUACGGGUGCGGCUACAACUUAUCGUUCACUUUAACGGAGUCUGCAGUCUCGAAGAACGCUGGAGCAAAUUUGUUUUACUUCUUGCAGGAAACACUGAAGCCUCAUGACGUGAAACUACUUUCAGUAGCGGGAAAAGACAUGCUGUUCUUAGUUCCGUUCGAAGCUAGUGCAAGGUUUGAGAGGGCGUUUGGAUUAGUGGAGGAGUACAGGGAUGCCCUGAAAAUCAAGAGCUGGAACUUGUACGUUUGCAAUCUAGAAGAAGUCUUCCUGAAGAUCGCUAGCGACGAAGAAGAAGCGCUUGCUGUGGCUGCUACUAAUGGCGAAGGUGGAGGAAGCAAGAGCAAGAGGACUUCUACAACUGAUGCUUUGUCGAACUUGAUGAUGGGUGGUGGAGGUGGCAAAGAAGUAGUAGGACAGCAAGGUGGCACCAUUGUGCAAGCCUCGACUCACCAAGCCACUCAACAUCACGCACUGAUAACCGCCGCUUCGCGUGAAAUGUCCAAGGAGGUACCAUCAAGAAGCGCCACAAAGGACGUGAUCGAGAAAAUCAUCCGUGGUGAAGCGCCAACAGGGAGUGCAGCUGCUCAACUUCUGCAGCAACAGCUGGAGAGGGAACAAGCAGGCAUUAGUGUGAGGAAUAGUAGUACGACAGGAGGUGGAGGUUCGCCAGGAGGAUCGCUAAUUGCGAAGGACGGGGAGCAUAGUAUGUUUCCGCCAGCAGAUAGCGGUACAAGGAGUGGUGCUGGAGCUGCGACACUAAUUGGCCACACGGACGAUCAUAGGGAUUUUGAAGAUGCCCAUUCUGUUAGCGCCAAAGAAGUUCAAAUCUCGCAUGAAUCAGUGUUACAUACACCAGCAGCCGAAGCGGAACGAGAAAAAUCCGCAACUUCUUCUUUUUCACUCUACUCGAAUGACAAGGUCGUGCCAGCUGAGCUAUUAGGUAACGGCAGUGUAGGCGUUGCUGGUGUACCAGCUGGAAAGCCGGGCACUGGGGACGAUGGUGGCAGUCCUUUAAUCGCUGGUACUUCUAGUGCAACUAAGAAAACCAAAACCAGUCCUGCUAGUCCUACAGAUGGAACUGGGCCUGCAUCUAGUGAGCAGAAUCAGUAUGGCGUGAGUGUCAGGCGUCAAAUGCGAGCUCUGCUAUGGAAACGCUACUUGAACGCCAGAAGAGAUUGGAUUACUACGUCAGUGCAGCAGAGCUGUCCAGUUUUGCUCGUGUCGCUGAGCAUUAUCUUCCUCCUAAUCAGCUUCAAGGACUUGCCGUAUAGGUCUUUGGCUUACGACGUGAACUUCAACCUGGAGUUGGACGAUGCGAAUGAGCGUUUCGUGGUACCAAUCGGCUUUUCGGACAUGGAUAACCCUACAAUUUUCGAUGCUCCGACGAAUGUCGGAGGUUUCAACGGUGAAAUCCCGAGAACUCUGCGGUCCACGGAACGAGGUGCUAAACUCCCUUUGUGGGCAGUUGAUCAGCCAUGUCCGACAGAAGGCGGCUGUAAAAGCUUGUCUAGCGGGGCGUCAGCUGCUGCAUUAUUGACUGCUGCAGACUCCUCUCAGUCCGAAUCGUUGUCCACCUCGAGCGCCGCCAUUUCAGGCAGUCAAUGUCCUGCCGGUCAGCAGAGCGUCUAUGAUGGUGUUUUGUCGUUUGUUUUCUCAGCGUUUCAAGACCAGGUGGAUCCGUUUGAGGGUGGCUUUGGUGGAGGAGGUGGCGCGGUGGCGAACAGCGAUGGCCAAGACCAGAGUGCCACGGCGACUGGAAACGCCACUUCGGCGACUAGCUCCACAACUGCUGCAUCCAUGGGAUUCGCAACGGCAAGCGGCAGCUUUUCAACCAGUUCUAUGGCGAUCUCUCGAUUGCCGACAAUCGAUCAGAAAAACGCUUCGCGACGCUUAGUCUUUGCUCUAGAGGAUGCAGUGAAAGGCAGACCAUUUGACUCGUCUGCUUACGGUGCGAUGAUGUUUGCGGAGAACAAGAACGUCAUGCUGCACGUGAAUCACACGGGCUAUCACAGUGCACCGAUCAUGCUGCAAUACUUCUACAACUACUUAGCAAGGUUCGAUAUGGAGCAAAGCUCUAGUAGAGUUGGCAGAAGUGGUUCAUCUCCAUCCCCUUCUCCCGCUGUCGACGUCGCCAUCCAUCCUCUACCUCAGACAGACCAUCAAAAAGCUUUUCGGCUACGUUUUCAAUCUUUCUCAAUCGCUUUCAACGUGAUGAUAUCUUUCGCUUUCGUCAGCUGCUUCAGCUUGACUUUCAUCGUGAUGGAGAAGGAACUGGAGAUCAAAACCCAGCAAUUCAUCAAUGGCGUAGCGAUUCCAACGUAUUGGUUUUCGAACUACAUCUUCGACUUCUGCACCUUCAUCUUCCCGAUACUCUCACUCUUAGCAGCCCUCUUUGCCUUGGAAGUGGUCUCGCUGAUUGGACCAGAUUCUCUGCCGGUGUUUGUCACCCUGAUGGUGCUCUUCGCGAUGGCGAUUCCUAGUUUCUUUUACAUCUGCGCGCACUUCUUUCGGACAGCGGAGUCGGCACUAACGACUGCUUUGGUAAUGAAUCUCAUCAUUGCCACUAUCCUCUUCUUAUUGGUGACCGUAUUUGAACUGAUGCCGUUUCCGUUGACGAGGCAGAUGGGUAGAGGAAUCUCCGGGAUAGCAAGACUGUGGCCCGUGUUCAUUAUGAUGAACAUGGGUUGCGUCGUGGUAGUGUAAUUUCAGUAGUUGCGUACUUACCCGUAAGAAGAUUUACAACCCCGCGUUCGUUCUUGAGUGGUAUAUUUCUCAAGAACUUUGCUUGCAGUAUUCAUGCCUCAUCGUUUUUUUAGUUCGGACUGGCUAGUAGAUCUAAAGAUCAAUAAAUGAGUCUCAAAUCUUCCUAACUUUCACUGCCACUUAUCUCGUCACGCUUCAUCCGUCAAUAAAUGAAUCUCCUGCUGCUCUUCUUCUAAUCUUUCCUUCGGCGAGGGCGUCCGUCGUAUGGCUUUGGUCUCCUUUAUUUGGGGUCAGCAGCCGCCAGAUUCCCUUUCCCCAGCCUAUUUUCGUGACUGUGAAGAACGGUACAAUCGCUAUGAAAUCGGCGGCCAUUAUUGCGCUCAGUCCAUGUGGGACGGAUUCGCCGCAGGUGAGGCUUUAGUCACACUGGCUCUGCAAGCAGUGUUUUACUUAUGGCUGCCCCUAAUCCAUCUCUACUAUACAUAGGGAUCAUCCCUCAAGCAACAUAUGAUGCACAUGCACACCAACACAAGGGAAACGCUGAGGACGCAUAAUAUGCUUGAGGGAUUAUUUCCACAGGGAUGAAUAGGGGAGAGGUCUAAUUUACAUCGCUAUCGCGAUAGCUAUCGACUUGGCACAAGAUGACAUUAGACUGAGGCAGCAAUUUUUGGAACCCGAGUUCAAUCCAGCAGUCAACAGAACCGCAGCGGUUCGAGAAUUGAAAGAUGGUGACGUCAGGGAAGAAGAGAAACGCAUAGUGGGAAUGUUGGAGGCGGAACUGGCGAGAGGUGGAACCACGGGUAGUAUUAAGGCUUGGGAGUUGACAUCUCUAUGCGCGUCUCUAUGUCUUCUUCAAGUAGGAAAGCCACAGAUACGCGAGCUAGAGAUGCCAACUUUCAACCCCUAAUAGUAGCUCUUCUAGCAGCAGAGGCGUCGUAGAUGUAGGUCCCGAAGAAGCGGACAAAACAUCCAUUUACUUCAAAAACGUAUCGAAGCUUUUCAGAGUGUCCACACGUUCCGCUGUAACAGAAGAGGUUGAUGUCACUGCAUCUAUAGAGGUAGAGCAGCAAGAACCAUCAAACGAGGCGAACUGCUCAAAUGAAGAAUUACAGGGCUUGAACAAUCCUAGCACAGCGUCUUCUUCUACUACACCAAGAAAACCUUCUACACGCGAAAAGAUAGGCCGUAAGGCGAUUCUCGCUAUGAAGCGUUUCUGGGAGUUUCUUCAAGACAGCAGCGAUUGUAUGCGCAAUUACUGCUGCUGCUGUUGUUGCAAGGCCAGACGCGGCAAACGUGUCGUGCGCGACGUCCACGCUGUAAGGGAUUGCAGUUUUGCCUUAGAGAAAGGUGAUGUAUUUGGCCUCUUAGGUGCCAACGGAGCCGGCAAGACUACGACGUUUCGCAUGAUGUGUGGCGUCACUGUUCCAGCGAAGGAUCCCGAGUCACAAAUCCGCAUUCAUGGCAAUGAUAUUUUCACGAAUCGCGCAGCCUGUAGGAAGCUGAUAGGCUAUACCUCACAAUCGAAUCCCCUAUGGAUGGGUAUGACAGUGAGGGAGCACUUGGCGUUCUACGCUAUGGUAAAGGGCAUACCAGAAGCAGAGCUAAACGCAACGGUGGACAAACAGAUGGCGGACCUGGAUUUGCUGUCGUAUGUGGAUAAAAGGGCUACGAAUCUGAGUGGAGGGAACAAGAGGAAAUUGGUAAAUUUGUAAGUUUGUCCUUGUCAGAUCUGAAUGAAGGUCUUCUUGGUUACGAAGACAUCUUCAUCGUACUUAUAAGGAUUUCGAUGCUUUUCUUGGACGUAAGGACUUCGAUUGUUCUUCUCUUGUGGCGCAGUAGAAAUAUCUGCUUUAUUAUGUAAAAUAAAAGUAAAUACCGAGGAUGAAAAAUAUCAGGUAAUCGCCAUGUCCCUGAUCGGUGCCCCGCCGAUUCUCUUCCUGGAUGAGCCUUCCGCGGGUAUGGAUCCAGCAGCGAGGCGCAAACUUUGGGGGAUCCUCCACUGGAUAGCCACCAAAAGCAAAAUGAGUACCGUAGUGCUCACAAGUCACAUUAUGGUGAGCAUUUAUCCAUCUUUCGCGGCAUCUUGAUCCCCUUUUGGCUUGUAUUCUUAUGAAAUACAAGGGGAAAGGGCAAGGGGUCGAGAUGAGGGGACCAAGAUGGAUUCAAGCUGAGUCUAAUCACAGCAUGAACGAAGUCGAAGCUCUCUGUAGCAAGCUGUGCAUCAUGACAAACGGCGUUUUCCGUUGUAUGGGCUCUCUUCCACGAAUUAAGGACUUGUAUGGGCGCGGCUUCGAUUUGUAUGCGAAGUUCCGGUUACCACGACGUGACGAGACGGAUUUCAUACUGCAGAAAGUCUUGGGGUUCGACUUGGCUCACAGGGAGUCAGACCUGCAGUUUGUGCAGGCAGCAGCUUUACUCGAGGAAGCGACGAACAGAGGGAUGACGGAUCGGCUGAUGGAGUUGACGGAACAGAUGUUUGGGGAUGCACUGGUGGCUGGAAAACAGAGUAUUAUUCUAGGGGCCGACGCAAUGCCCAACAAGAAUAUAGAAGAGGACGAGAAUGUUGACAGUACUAGUAGAUUUAGUCCUGCUGCAGGUGCACGAGACCUCCAAGACGACGCCUCAGCAAUGAUGUACUCGCAUCCUCUAGAGGAACGCCGUCGAGUAAGCGAAAUGCAGCGAAAAGACCCCCGCGAAUAUCUUAGACAACUUCUGGAGGAGAGAUCUUCCGUCUUUCCACAUGCUUCGAGGCUGCACAACAAGGACGAAAAAACUGCUGAAGAGUGGAGGUUGAUCCGCCAGGAUAGAGUAAGACUCGCAGCUUUUGCAGAAUGGUUUUUGUUCGCUUUGUGGCGCUUAGCGUUUUCGGAGUUUGUGCACAGCAGAGUUCCAGGUGCUCGCGUUCAAGAGCAAAGGCAGAACGUGCUGUUCUUUUCUUAUGACAGAACGAGAACAUAAGCAUUAGCAUAGUAACUACGUACUGUACAUCAUCAUAGAUGCUAUUAUAUAUGUAAUCAGUUAUACAGUUUCAGUAGUGAAGAUGCUGAUACAUAGUGUAGUUCUUAGUGAUACUCACUUUUAUGUCUUCUACUACGACUCACUCGUGGAACAGAUCUGUCUGUGUGUAUUCCUCUAAUGUUGAAUCCAGCAAGAACAGGACGACGAUAACGCACACAAAGCAACCUCCACUGCACCGAUACCAUUGGGAAAGUUGUUUGGGUUGAUGGAAGCGCACAAGAAUCGAUUCAACGUGAUGGAAUACGCCAUAACACCGACUACUCUGGAGCAAAUCUUCAACAACUUCACAUAUGCCCAAAUUGGCGAAGAUGAUGUGUAUGAGUAG